UGAGGACGGCGCUCGACAUCAAUCUGACGAAUACAAGACAAUCCGAAUACAAAGCAUCAGCGUCAUCAGCAUCAGCAUCAUCAGCAUCCUAGCCGUCGCAACCGGGACGCCGACACUGGGAGAUUCACACAGCUUCGCCUGCGUCGCUUUGCCACAAUGAAUGUGCUGCUAUCGCCGCAGUUACCAGUUUUCCCUCACCAGCACGAAAACCCACAUCUAUCCCAGCGAAACCUCUCAUCGCUUCACAACAUGAGCAGCCGGAAACGAAAGGCCGACGAAGAUGGAGACGAAAAUAUGUCGCCUAUGAGCUCACCCGCGGUGUCCUCUCGCCCUCUUCUUCGCCCGUCGAAGAAGUUCAGAUCAAACGAUUUAAUCGGAAGGCCACUCCCUCUGCCAAGGCUUUUGGAAACCCUCGACACAAAUCAGUUGCGGAUGGUCUUGGAACGUAUUUGCGAGCGCCAUCCCGAUAUUGGCCAGGAGGUGGUUUCGGGAGCGCCCCGGCCUACGGUCGCCGCGGCCAUGGACGUCCUGCAGUCCUAUCAGGAUAGACUAAACGCUGCCGCUCCGUAUGGCAACAGCAGCGCGGAAUACACAUACGACCGAGUCAAAGCCCCCCUCGUCGCUUUGAUCGAUGCACUCUCCGAUUUCACUCCUCAAUUUCUUCCACCUAUCGAAACCCAACCGACCAAAUCUCUCGAGUUCCUCGACAACGCGACAAGAUUCAUUCAUAAUCUUCCCAACUGGCAGCCGCAGGCUUACCGUCAUCACAAGGAAAACGCAUACGAAGACAUCUCCAAGGCGUGGGCAUUGGUCAUUAAUGAAGCCGCGAAACGAGGUGGUGGCUUCAAUCUGCAUACGGAUGGAUGGGAUCAGAAACUCGCCCGGCAUAAUGAGCAGUCAGGCGGACGGCUAGGAACUGCCAUCACUGCCAUGUCGAAUAGCGUUGGCUGGAUCUCAAAUGAGAAUGCUGAGCAAAAUUCCAUUCUCAACCAGAUUGUAUCGGGUGCAUACGGAGCACCCGUUAGAGUCGGACCCUGGUGAAAGCUACCAGAGCACCUUACGACACAUACAUUUUUCACGACAUCAUCCUUUGCAUCAACGGGCUACUAUAGACUUCGGCACUCUUUUUUUUUUCCCUUGCGCACACAACCGGUCGGCUGGCGUUCUUUUCUUUCCUUUGUGAUAUUUGAUAUCCUUUCCCUAUCACUCAAGUGGGCAACAGGGACUCUACGUGUGGCAUAUUUCGCGGUAUUUGUACGGGUAUGGGGACAUUAACAUUUGUAAAUAAAUACUCAAACAAUCCAUAGACUGGUACCUCUAAUACUGAAAACAGGCGUGGAUC